GGCAGGCCGCUGGCGCAGCGGCGGAGCGGGGCUAAGCAUCCUGCGCCCCGGCGCGGGGCCCUGCGGUAGCCUCGGGUCCCUCCCCUGGACCUGCCACCGAACCAGUGUGAAAGACAGGCACCGCAGCCAUGACCACCCACGUCACUUUGGAAGAUGCCCUGUCCAACGUGGACCUGCUGGAGGAACUGCCCCUCCCAGACCAGCAGCCAUGUAUCGAGCCCCCGCCAUCCUCCAUCAUGUACCAGGCUAACUUUGACACGAACUUCGAGGACAGGAAUGCAUUUGUCACGGGCAUUGCAAGGUACAUUGAGCAGGCAACGGUCCACUCCAGCAUGAAUGAAAUGCUGGAGGAGGGCCACGACUAUGCAGUCAUGCUGUACACCUGGCGCAGCUGCUCCCGGGCCAUCCCGCAGGUGAAGUGCAACGAGCAGCCCAAUCGGGUAGAGAUCUACGAGAAGACGGUGGAGGUGCUGGAGCCAGAGGUCACCAAGCUCAUGAAGUUCAUGUACUUUCAGCGCAAGGCCAUCGAGCGCUUCUGUAGCGAGGUGAAGCGGUUGUGUCACGCCGAGCGCAGGAAGGACUUUGUCUCCGAGGCCUACCUGCUGACCCUGGGCAAGUUCAUCAACAUGUUCGCGGUUUUGGACGAGCUAAAGAACAUGAAGUGUAGUGUCAAGAAUGACCACUCUGCCUACAAGAGAGCGGCCCAGUUCCUAAGGAAGAUGGCGGACCCCCAGUCCAUCCAGGAAUCUCAGAACCUGUCCAUGUUCCUGGCCAAUCACAACAGGAUCACCCAGUGUCUUCACCAGCAACUGGAAGUGAUCCCGGGCUAUGAGGAGCUGCUGGCAGACAUUGUCAACAUCUGUGUUGAUUACUAUGAGAAUAAGAUGUACCUGACGCCCAGUGAGAAGCACAUGCUCCUUAAGGUGAUGGGCUUUGGUCUCUAUCUGAUGGAUGGAAACGUCAGUAACAUUUACAAACUGGACGCCAAGAAGAGGAUCAACCUUAGCAAAAUUGAUAAGUUUUUUAAGCAGCUGCAGGUGGUACCCCUUUUCGGCGACAUGCAGAUAGAGCUGGCCAGAUACAUUAAGACCAGUGCUCACUAUGAAGAGAACAAGUCCAAGUGGACGUGCACUCAGAGCAGCGUCAGCCCCCAGUACAACAUCUGUGAGCAGAUGGUUCAGAUCCGGGACGAUCACAUCCGCUUCAUCUCCGAGCUGGCUCGCUACAGCAACAGCGAGGUGGUGACAGGCUCAGGGCUGGACAGCCAGAAGUCGGAUGAAGAGUACAGGGAGCUUUUCGACCUGGCCCUGCGAGGCCUGCAGCUUCUGUCCAAGUGGAGCGCCCAUGUCAUGGAGGUGUACUCCUGGAAGCUGGUUCACCCCACAGACAAGUUCUGCAACAAGGACUGCCCGGGCACCGCGGAAGAGUACGAGAGAGCCACGCGCUACAAUUACACCAGCGAGGAGAAGUUUGCCUUUGUGGAGGUGAUUGCCAUGAUCAAGGGUUUGCAGGUGCUCAUGGGAAGGAUGGAGAGUGUCUUCAACCAGGCCAUCCGCAACACUAUCUACGCAGCUCUGCAGGAUUUCGCCCAGGUGACGCUUCGAGAGCCAUUGCGGCAAGCAGUUCGCAAGAAAAAGAAUGUCCUUAUCAGCGUUCUGCAAGCAAUUCGAAAGACCAUCUGUGACUGGGAGGGAGGCCGGGAGCCUCCCAAUGACCCAUGCUUAAGAGGGGAGAAGGACCCCAAAGGUGGCUUUGACAUCAAGGUGCCCCGCCGUGCUGUGGGUCCAUCCAGCACACAGCUGUACAUGGUGCGCACCAUGCUUGAGUCACUCAUCGCAGACAAGAGCGGCUCCAAGAAGACGCUCAGAAGCAGCCUGGAUGGCCCUAUUGUCCUUGCCAUAGAGGACUUCCACAAGCAGUCCUUCUUCUUCACACACCUGCUUAACAUCAGUGAGGCUCUUCAGCAGUGCUGUGACCUCUCCCAGCUCUGGUUCCGAGAAUUCUUCCUGGAGUUGACCAUGGGCCGGCGAAUCCAGUUCCCGAUUGAGAUGUCCAUGCCCUGGAUUCUAACGGACCAUAUUCUGGAAACCAAAGAACCUUCCAUGAUGGAGUAUGUCCUCUACCCCUUGGAUCUGUACAAUGACAGCGCCUACUAUGCGCUCACCAAGUUCAAAAAGCAGUUCCUCUAUGACGAGAUCGAAGCAGAGGUGAACCUGUGUUUUGAUCAGUUUGUCUACAAGUUGGCUGACCAGAUCUUCGCCUACUACAAAGCCAUGGCUGGCAGUGUCCUGCUGGAUAAACGUUUUAGAGCUGAGUGUAAGAACUAUGGGGUGAUCAUUCCGUACCCGCCAUCCAAUCGCUAUGAGACACUGCUAAAGCAGAGGCAUGUCCAGCUCUUGGGGAGAUCAAUUGACUUGAACAGACUCAUCACCCAGCGGAUCUCUGCUGCCAUGUACAAGUCCUUGGACCAGGCCAUCAGCCGCUUUGAGAGCGAAGACCUGACCUCCAUUGUGGAGCUGGAGUGGCUGCUGGAGAUCAACCGACUCACACACCGACUCCUCUGUAAGCACAUGACGCUAGACAGCUUCGACGCCAUGUUCCGAGAAGCCAAUCAUAACGUGUCUGCCCCUUAUGGCCGCAUCACCCUGCAUGUCUUCUGGGAGCUGAACUUUGAUUUUCUCCCCAACUACUGCUAUAACGGAUCCACAAACCGUUUUGUCCGGACUGCCAUCCCUUUCACCCAGGAGCCACAACGGGAUAAACCCGCCAACGUCCAGCCUUAUUACCUCUAUGGAUCCAAGCCUCUCAACAUUGCCUACAGCCACAUCUAUAGCUCCUACCGGAACUUUGUGGGGCCCCCUCACUUCAAGACCAUCUGCAGACUGUUGGGCUACCAGGGCAUCGCCGUGGUCAUGGAGGAACUGCUGAAAAUCGUCAAGAGCUUGCUCCAAGGCACCAUCCUGCAGUACGUGAAGACGCUCAUAGAGGUGAUGCCGAAAAUCUGCCGUUUGCCUCGGCACGAAUAUGGCUCUCCAGGGAUCCUGGAGUUCUUCCACCAUCAACUGAAGGACAUCAUCGAGUAUGCAGAACUCAAAACAGACGUGUUCCAGAGCCUCCGAGAGGUGGGCAAUGCCAUCCUGUUCUGCCUCCUCAUAGAGCAAGCUCUGUCUCAGGAGGAAGUCUGUGAUUUGCUCCAUGCCGCACCCUUCCAGAACAUUCUGCCCCGCGUGUACAUCAAAGAGGGGGAGCGCCUGGAAGUCCGGAUGAAGCGCCUCGAGGCCAAGUACGCCCCACUUCACCUGGUUCCCCUGAUAGAGCGGCUGGGGACGCCUCAGCAAAUCGCCAUCGCUCGGGAGGGUGACCUGCUGACCAAGGAGCGGCUCUGCUGCGGCCUGUCCAUGUUUGAGGUCAUCCUGACCCGAAUCCGGAGCUACCUGCAGGACCCCAUCUGGAGGGGCCCGCCACCCACCAAUGGCGUCAUGCACGUGGAUGAGUGUGUGGAGUUUCACAGACUAUGGAGUGCCAUGCAGUUUGUCUACUGUAUCCCUGUGGGGACCAACGAGUUCACAGCUGAGCAGUGCUUCGGUGACGGCUUGAACUGGGCCGGCUGCUCCAUCAUUGUCUUGCUGGGCCAACAGCGGCGCUUUGACCUGUUUGACUUCUGUUAUCAUCUGCUGAAGGUGCAGAGGCAGGAUGGGAAGGAUGAGAGCAUUAAGAACGUGCCUCUGAAGAAGAUGGCUGACCGCAUCAGGAAGUACCAGAUCUUGAACAAUGAGGUUUUUGCCAUCCUGAACAAGUACAUGAAGUCCGUAGAGACAGACAGCUCCACCGUAGAGCACGUGCGCUGCUUCCAGCCCCCAAUCCACCAGUCACUGGCCACCACCUGCUAGCUGCCCGCUCCAUCUGCGAUUACUUCCCAAGACCACCUCCCCAAAUCGUAACCUCCUACCCGCUCUCUGUAUUUGAUCCAGCACUGUAGUCUUAGAGAUGUAGAGGAGAAGAGUGUAGCCAUAGCAGAGAUAUCCGCCUGGCCCAUUGGCUACCUCGGCUUACUGGCCCAUCUUCUGUGGCUCCUCCCUCCAGUUCCCUCGCCACAGCACUUCCUGCCUGUGAUGUUAGGGAUUCCACCACCAAAGUCUGAUCCCUGGUGAACCAGGAAGAGGUUGCUGAUGUCAAGACAACAGAUGAUGCUAACCAAGAUCUUUUACAGCCUCCCUAAGUAAGACCCACCCUAGACCUUCCUUACAGAACAGCCCUAGAGAGAAGAAAGUAAGGCUUGCAAAACCACACCGCACUGGGUGAAACUAGGUGACGAUGACCAGGCCUACUGUGAGGGAGAGAGCGCCAUCAGCACAGGGCAAAACUCCAGAUCCAAAGGAGAGAUGUUAGGCCUUGUGGACAGCAUGGGAAGAUGAGGCCCUCCUGGUCCUCAGAGGCUUACACUGAACCACACGGGAAUCCACAUGGUCCGUCAUAGCGCAACACAUAGCAUUCGUGAGUGACCAAGUCAGUGACUGCUUAACACAGAACCUAAUCCAGGAAAAUCCCCCAAGAAAGAAAACCUAAAGGGGUUACUUCAACUGGAGACAGGGUGGCAAGGAGGAAAAACAUCUUUGUCAACAAGCUUUCUAUCCCCAGACCCCUCCCCUCAAAAAGAAGUCUUCUUUGAGCUAACUGGAAUGUUCUCAUGUCAGCUACUAAAAGAGUCUUGGAAUGUUUUAUUCUUUUACUCUCGAUGUCCUGGUCUCUUCCUUUUGCUCAAGCUCAGUGCUGGGGUAGAGAUUCUUUCCUGGGGGUGUAUUAACUUCUAUGUUCCAGACUAACUAAAACACCCCUGAGCAGCCCCCCCACGUAUAACACAUCUUUAAAGAGAUUGCCCAAGUCUCCAUACAGAGCUGGUCAUCUGACCUACAGAGAGAGGACAUAGCCCUGAGCCCCCCAAGACACAGCAAUGAUAGACAUUCCUCUACCAGCCUGGGGAGGAUAGAAAAAGACAGGGGUAACCAUCCCCUGCCCCAGGAAGAUAACUGUUAUCCAUCACCGUUUUUUUAACCACACAGAGAACAGAAGAGAUGUGCAUAAUCAGCACUUUGCCAGACAGGGCCAUGUACCCCAGGGAGGUCACAUAAAUUAGAAGAACCCUUAAGGAUGGCACACCAGAGUGUUCAUUUCUGGACACUAACUUUGAAUCUCUGGGAAUAGGGCCGGAAGAUCUGUCCCUUCCCAGAUAUAUCACUGCGUAUCACAGACUCAGACCUUGCUGUAGAUUGGACAACUCCGCUAACUCUGGGCUCUGUGGUCUCUCUGAGCAAGAGUAGGAGCAUCUGUAGUGUAGGGAUGUGGUUUGAAACGGAAACUGUCCAGUCGUCCUGUCUGGCACUGUUAAUUCCUAGUCUGGUCAUUUUUCAGUGACCAUAGCUGUAUCCCAGAUCGUCAGCUCUGGCUGGGGACAGUGCGUGAUAAACAGAUUUUUCUCACUUAGUCCUCCCUCACUGCUCUGUAGAGAUUUGGGCUGUUCACUUCAUAAGGCCGCCUUCUGGGCAGCUCAUCCCUCUUACCUUGCACUCCUGACCCCAACAGUUGACCCUCUGGGAAGAGUCACAUUCUCCUCAAGAUAUUUGAUCCCAAUAAAUUGAGGUCCUCGCUUUGAGGACGGAGAUUCCAUUUUUGCAGCACUUGGCUGCAAACUCUGGACAACUUCAAUGCUCUUUCCUCUCUAAUGGUCCUUGCCCCCCCCCUUUGAUUUUUUUAAUGUAUUUAAAAAUCAAGAAAAAGGCUUAGAUUUUAAAAUGUUUUAAAAAAGAAUUCUGUUUCAGAAAUUGUCAAAUGUGUACCAUAUUUGUAUUAAGAGUUGUUGGGGAUUUUUUUGUACAAUGAAUUUACAUUUAUUUAUGGUGAACUUAUAUUUACGCUUGUGAUCAAAUAAUGAUGUUAAAUUCUUAAAUCCUAUUUGCUAUGCAGCUGAAGAUGAUAUUUUGAUUUGUAUUUUGGGGGUACCUGUGUUGAGUUGAUAAAACAUUUUCAUCUCCAUUAAAACUGCUUCCAAACCAGUUAAACCAG